GAAUAAUCCGUGAAUUUGUUGUUCCUACUAUAUUGAGAAGCUAUCCCGUGUACUGUCUGCGCAAGUAGAAGGUCUUCACAAAAAAUAGCGCGGAUCUUCAGCUGUGGUUAGAGUAGAACGUGCCUACUACGGGGAGUAACCACGCCACGACCACUUGUUCAUGGAUCGAGAUCAUUUUCCCCUCUGCUUGUCGCACAUAAAAUGCUAUUGACCACUGCAUCACCCAUGGCCCUGCCUUCAGGGGGAAAGGAGACUCGCUUAGCUGAUUUGGGAGAGCGCGUCGUUUUGCACCGGAGCGAGGUGCACACAUGCUAUAGAAGGACAGCUAUUAUGACACGCUUUGGACAAGAACAGAUUUUCAUAGACAGAUGAUAUAAUCAGAUAUGAUUCAAGCAAAUGAAAUCCAGUCAUCUCUUGGUGAAAGCUGUACAGGGAGGAGGCAGGGUCGUUUUAAUAUUUGUAUUCAAUGAAAAGCGUAAAGGAAGCGGAUAAUCCUUCUUGUGAAACCGGAGCCGCUAAUCCACGGACGACUUUGCGCAAUGGAAAUAAGCCAAGCAAUCAUCUACGUGGCUUCGCAGCUCGUCGGGACAUUCCCUACGUGCCUUUGGGCACCGUUGUUGACGGCCUACACAGCGGCCACGAGACAGGAGGAGGUUUGCUUUUUACUUAGCUGGUGUUUUCGGUAUGUUUUGCUUGCGUUAGUUUCACACUGAGUGUGACAUUACAUUCAUGUGAGUGAAAGAUCAUGAGGAAGUACUAGAUAGAAACCAGUACGUACCUGCUUGUUCUCUCAGGCGUGGUUGCAACUGCAGUUGUAACCAAUGAGGGUAAUGCAGAAACGACGGCGCCUCAUAGUCGGAAUUGGCGCGAGGGCAUCAUUUCGAGUAUUCUCGCAAAGAAAGACGGGCCACGUGAAGCACAAUUUCCGAAAAGUAGUUUUCGCCAUGCUUGCAAGCGAAGGGGCAAGGCGCUCCAACAGUUCGUGCGGGAAUCGCAGGAACGUCUCCGAUACGUUCGAAGCCGACGCUUUUCUGUCAAGCAUCAAGCAGUUGUACAGCAGAAUGCCGAACUAUGGACGAAUAACAUUCUUCCGGUGCAAGAUGUGAAUGGUCCGAGGGCAGGAGAGGCUGAGCAGGGUGGUGCGCAGGCAAAGGCGACAAUUAUGGGGGAGAUGGACAAAAGCAAGGCCGAGCUGGUUGCUGGAGUGGACAUCGGCGCGGGCGGUGGUGUUGAGACUUUCAUCACAGAACAGUCGAAUAUUAAGCAUGAGCACGCAAAAAUGUCUAAUGCUACGCCAGAGGCUGCGCAGCCUUUAGAGGAGUCUGGUGCUGGAGUACACGCCAGGCAAAAACAAAAUAUGAGCGGGAACAGAGACCACGAUCAACCUGCUCCUAGUAGUGUUCAUUUUGAAAAUGGAAGUACUACCAGAGAAGAUCCUCAGCGGGCUAUGCUAGUGCAGAAUAGUGCAUCCUCCAGUAACAGGAACGAUC